UGCAGCGCCAGCAGCGCCAAGAUGGUUCCGAUUGUUGCCGCAAGAUGGCGGAUGUGUGACAAAAUGGCAGACUCUCCACCUCCAGAGUACGAGGAUAAUACCCAACAAACUGGAAUAGAAAUACGUAAAAGAAGUCACACCUCCGCGCAUCAGCGCGGAGUCGUGCAGAGCAGCAUCUGCAGGUUGUCGUGUUGUCAGUUAGUCUCAUGUGAAUUUAGUGCUGGUCCCAAGUGUUUUCUGGGCCCAAAGCGAGUAAGAGAGAUCGAAUAAAUCAUCAGAAUGAGGGAAGCUGGCCUGUCAUGGAUGAAAAUACCGAGAAGAGGAUAAAUAAUUGUGAUGUGCCGGUUUGCAGUACGAGGAAUAGGCGAUGGUUUAUUUUAUUUCAUCACCCAAUGAUAUUCUUGGGAAUGCCAGUGUUGGAGUGAACCUCGGGUUCUGCAUUCCGUAUUUUAUUGAGUCUCUGGAAUUUGGCAUUCUUCGUGGCGGGGGGUGGUUAUUUCCCCCAGGUGUUUUUGGAAAUUUCAUGAAGGGCAUCGUCGAGGUCACAGACUGGACUAAAACGGCCAAGGACCAGUGUAAUCACCCGGGGCUAGUGAAAAAGGAAAAAUGUAAAUAAAUCCGAGGUGGGGAGUGAGAUGAUGAAUGGACUCGAUUAUACAAUUGUCUGUGACGAAUUUUGAGAUUGAGAAUCAGUGGUUGCCAGUGCGGGCAGUGAAUUUCCUGGAAAUUUAUCGGAAUGUAAACACCCAGACAUUGCGAAAGAAAUAUUUACUGUGGGUUACGUGAAAAUUGGGUGUACCAUACGCUCAGUACGUGAAAAUAUUUUGUGUGAACGGUUGUUGAAGAGUUUUUCCUUGUUACCCUUUUUCACCUGGGGGUAUUCACUUUUUUUUUUUCAUUUUUUUUUGUUUCGUGGAUUUUUAAUGGUGUUGACAGUGAAUUAAAAUGUGCGAUGGGCUGUUGCUCGGAUGUUUGUUCAACGUGUGUGAUUAAAGGUAUACAACGUCAAUCGUGUUGUACGUGACGCGAUGUCGGGGGGCAACGGCGUGCCGUCACCCCGUGGCGCCGGUACCGAGUGCAGGAAAUUUGUUCCUAAUAUAUUCAACAAGAGCAAGUGCAGCAGUUGCUUCAAGCAAAAGGAAGAACACACUGCUGAGGCCUUGGAAUCUAAUCGGGCUACGAGAAAAAUAUCCAAAUAUGGCUACCUCUUCGUCGCACCUGGCUGGGACUUCUCGAAUCCUCUCAAUCGAACUAAAAGGUGGCAGCGAAGGUGGUUCGUGCUGUACGAUGAUGGAGAGCUGACAUAUUCACUAGAUGAACACCCGGAGACUGUACCACAAGCGAGAAUUGACAUGACACGAGUUCUGGAAGUAGCUGCAGCUGACGAUGUAACAGGCCAUCCCAACAGCCUCGCCAUUACGUCACCCGACGGUGUGACAUUUAUCAAAGGAACUUGUCGAGAGGAGACAAGAUGGUGGGGAGAUGUCCUGCAAGUUUACUCCAGGAAUAAGGGAAGACACAAGAGAAACGCAACAUUUCCUGGUGGGCAAACGACUAUCCUGCAGGUGUCAUCAGCAAUAAGAAGCAACACACCGGAUCCCCUGCGACCGCGAUUCAACAGCUGUCGUUCAGAGAGCCGAGGUACAGGUUGGUCUGGUGAUGUGUCAAAUCACUCAUCAACUGGUUCAUCAAAUGAUCAAUACCAAGCGCCAGUAACCCGAACUCCAUCGAUAUCAUGCGUCAGUGAUAAUGGAUUAACAAGAGGCAAUGUUGUAUCACCAGUGAGAAAUUCUGGUAUCGAUAAUGGAAGUGUUUUUAAUUAUCCUGGUGGACAAUCGGUAGCAGUCAAUGGUGGUAUUGUUCAGAGAUCGGGUGGUAGUGUUGGUACAUCAACUGGUGUUGUCAAUUCUGAGAAAGCCAGUGCUCUGACUGGUACCAAUGAGACCAGAUCUUAUCUGGAUCAUCCAGCUAGCUCUGCAUCACCACCAACGCGGGAUAAAUUACGCGCCGAGGAUAAAGCAAGACGGCGAAUGAGUCAGCAGACUGAGAGACCAUCAACUGGCAUUGAUACACCGGAAAAACUGGAUGAUGAGGCGUGCAGAAGAAUUUUAUUGGAGCACGAGCGUGAGCGUGAGGGUAAAUUGCGUGAUAUUGCUGUGUCGCUGACUCAGCCUCGGAUACGUCGAGCAAAAUCGAGAAAUUCGGAGCCGACGCGUGAUGUAGUCGAUAACGUCAACACUCACCAGGAUAAACUCGUCAGGGGUGAUCCUGAUGGUUGUGGCCUCGAUAUAUCUGGUAUCAGGUAUUCACCUAUAUCGGAAUUGCGAGUUGAUCUGCCUGCUGAGGAUCUUCUGAAUAUCAAGAAGGGGUGGCUGAUGAAGCAGGGGCUCAACAAUGAGUGGAGCAAGCACUGGUUUGUUCUUCGUGGGUGUGGACUCAUGUACUACAGAGAUCCCACCACCGAGGAUAAAGGUAUCAUGGAUGGUGUGAUAGAUCUGAAUACCGUUACAGCUGUAUUACCGGUGCAAGUGGCGAGAAAUUAUGGAUUUCAAACAGUGACGUGGGACGGUCGAGGGACAACUGUAUUUUCCGCGGUAACAGCUGGUAUACGAUCGAGCUGGGUGUCAGCUAUUCGUCGUGCAGCUAAUCUCCUGGAUACCGAUGACGUUAUCGUGGAUGGUCUCCUGUGUCACGGUAAUCAACAGCAAGAUCCGAGUAAGAGUCAGUCACCAACAGUAUCUAUGAACGAGCGGGAGGGUGAUUCAGUGAUACAAUCAUCAGUGACCCUGACCCCGCGUUCCGUGCUCUUCUCCUCGGACGAGGAGUACAGAACAGCAUCAGAGGGUGGUAGACGUGAAUCAGGUGAUUGGUCAGAGAUACCAGUGACCCCACCCCUGAGAAACCGUGACUGGCCACUGAAGGUUAACAACUGGUCUGACGUAUCGACCCUGGAGUGGUCUGAGUUACCCCCAUCACCACCUCUCACACGUACGGCCUUGUCACGCGUCAAGGCCCGUUCGCGUUCCAAUUCACGUACACGUGUGUACAAACGCACCAGGAGUUCACCACCUAGCUCACGUCAUAGCACCCUCGACAGCGUACACUCUGACGAUCUCAUGAUGGCGUGCUGUGAGCUCGAAGAGGAUCAACACGAUACACCAAAUGAGACACCACUGAUUGUCGAAUUGCUGGAGAGUCAGGUGACGAUACUGAAAGAUCAACUAGCCCAGACGGAUCAUCCGGGUAGUCUUCUGGUGAUAAUUGAUCGUCAGAAGAACGAAUUGGCGAGCCUCAAGUCGCAGUAUCACGCAACCAGGUCUGAGUUGUCGAAUGCCGAGAUGGAGCUGUCGAGGCUCAGGCAAUAUCGUGGUGAUGCUGCCAACAGGGAGAAUCGUGUUGAGGAGCUGAUGAGUACAGUGCAGAGGAUGGAGCAGCAGCGGAUGAAGGACGUGGAGGAUUUUGACAAGAUGAAGAAGCUCAUCACCAGGGAGAAGGAUGUGAUCGAGUGUAAAUUGCUGGAGACUGAGGCGAUUCUCAGGGAGACCACUGAGAGGUGUGAGGCCCUGUCGAAGGAGUUGUCCUCGAGUCAUUUGACCGUCGAGUGCCUCCAGAAGGAGAUCAGCCUGUUGAGUGACAAAUUGUCCCAGGGAAUUGAGGAGAAUGACAGGAUCUAUGAGAGAAUUAGAGAGCUGGAGGGAAAGAACAGCUUGUCGGUGUCUCGAGAGCGGGGUAAGAGCUUCGAUUCUCUCAGUGAUUUGACCAAUAUCGAUCUCGAUAUCGAUCUCAGUGGUUUCGAUAAGGAGCGAAUAAUGGAGGAGUUCGACGAGUUAAGGGGCAGAUUUGAGAAAGCCAUCCUCGAGAUCAGGGCUAUGAGGAAGGAACUCAGAGAGGCCCAUGCUGCUCAGGAUGCAGCUGAGCUCGAAUUAUUCGCUCAUGGUCAGGACAAUCAGAGAAUAAUGGAGACUAAUCAGGCGCAGGUGCAGCUCAUGGCAGCGAGAAUUCAGGAUUUGACGAAUAAAUUGGCAACAAGUGAAAAGCAAAUGCGACAGCUCAAGCAGAAGAUCACGAAGACUGAGGGUAGGGACAAGAGGCGAUCGCUGUCUCUCAAGGGUAGAGAGUCGUUCUCCAUUUCUCAAGAGGUCGAGGACAAGUUGAUGGAGCUGGAGAACAGGGUGAUGGCUAUGGAGAAGAGUCAGGUGUUGGGAUUGUCUGGGUGUGUUAAGAAGGAGAAGAGGGACAGGGGCGUUGAGAGGACGAGGCUCAGGCGAAAGUCAUUGGACAGUGCCACUAGCUCAGAACCCAUGAAAGUUCUCAUUCGACUUACGACACUCGAGAGAAAAAUCGCUGGGGUUGAGAGGGAGAGUCAGAGCGAUGGGGACAAGGACUCGAGUGAAAACAGCGAUCUCAGUUCUAAUUGUGAAGUCUCUGUGGAGAUCCUGAUGAGAUUGAAGAAGCUGGAGAGGGCUGUGGGAAAGUCGAAGAGAUGCUUGGAGAAGUGUUUGCGAUCGAGUCAGAUCGAGGAGAAGGCUGAGAGGUGUGUUCGAGAGGUCGAUCACAUCCUCGAUUCCUGUUUCGAGCUCAAUGUCCAGAGUGUUAAGGAGGCACCUUCUUCUCAAUUAAUACGAGAUGCUGUUUCCAAAUUUGAGAAGGCACUCACUGAUCAGCUGAUGGUGCUCACCAGUCGUCGACGACAGCUUCAGGACAGUGGUGAUCUCAAUGAACGGGAGAAACAGCGGUUACUGGGUGAGAGAGUUGCUUAUGAGUUCCUGGUGAUUAGACAACUGAAGUCUGCGGUGAUGGGGUUGUCUAUUGGUCGGAGUGGGUACUUGGGGGAAUUGGUUGAGACUAGUCAAUUGAUAUCAGCACUCAAGGCUAAGGUCGAUGGAACCUCCAAGAGAAGUCAGAGCCUUCAGGGUGUUGAUUAUUCACUCUACCUGACGAAUGUUCUCGAGAAGAGACGAAAAGAGAGGACUGAUAAGUCACAGGAAUUCGUGGAGUUGAGGGAAUUCCUGUUGCAGCAGCAGAAGCAGGUGGACGUGCUGAUGCAGAAGUACAAGGGGACGAGGUUCAUGGAGUUGGCAGUGGCAUUGGCAGGUGAAUCCCUGGAUUCUCAAAAAUCUCUCAAGUCAAUGCUGGAUGACGAGAGAAUUCGAGAUGUUUGGGCACUAGCUCAGGAAAUCAUUGACAAGGAGAUGGUUCAGGUGGAGGUGUCUCAUUUUAUGGUACGCUGUGCUCAGAUUUAUGAGAGCAGUUCGACUGACGUCAGUCUGGAUCUGGAGCCUGAGGGGGUGGCUCUCGAGGAUUGGUGUGACCGAGUGAGGAUUGAGCUGCGUCGGGAGAUGGAGAUGUCUGUCCAGGAGAUCAGGUCGAUGUACAAUGAAGCUGUGGAAAAUGGCAAUGAGCGUGUAGAGGUCGGGGACUCUAGGGCACUCCUGGCUGAAUACGCGGGGAUUGUUGCUCAGAAGGCUCUCGUCGACGCCAGGAUAUCAAUUCUGAUGGGUGGUGAAGAAGGAAUCGGAGGGAAAGAGUCUAAAGACAUUUUUACGUUUGAAGGUCUCCCUCUGGUGUUCAGUGGAGACAAGAUUGAGAAGCCUGUGGCGCCUCAGGACUUCCUGGACAUCUCGAACUCUGAGAGAGGUCUGAGGGAGUCAAAAGGUGAGAGAAACAGGGGCUCCAAGGAAUUUGGAACGAUCGAGCAGUCUCUUCUGUAUUUGGAGAACGAUUUGAAGGAAUUGGGGGAAUCCCUGAGGGAUAAGUUGAGAGCCAAUGGCGAGGGAGCGCUGUCGUCUGUUAAAUUUCAUAAGCCCAACGAUUGGGCGGGAAUUUAUAAAAAGUGUCGAGAGCUCCGAGAGCAUAUUCAGGUGCUCAAUGAUUUUAUAAAGAAUUUUGCGUGCAAACAGUGCGAUGCACUUCAAAAAUCAAUAAAGUGCAUUAAUGUGGAGCAUAAGGAGGAAUUGAUGCUCUUGAAGAUGAGCCAGGAGAAGGAUAUGAUGGAGAUGAAGAGUGAGAUGGAGAGCCAGAGGAGUUCACUGUCGUCUCAGUACGAGCAUGAGGCAGCUAGUUUGAGGGAACGGGCCAGGAAGUUGGAGCAGAGAUUGAAUUUUAUGGAUUCUGAGCACUCGGCUCAUAUCAAUGAGCUCAGGGCCGCCUAUCAGAGAUCUAUCAGUGCUGAGCUUGAUACUGAUGUUGAGACCAGGAGGCGGUACAAGGAGGAGAUCAAGCAGUUGAGGGCGCUGUGUGAGAAGGGGCUCAUGGCAAUGGAGAAUUCUCAUCGGCGAAUUAUCGCUGAGAUGGAGGAGAAACACCGACAGGAGCUUGAGAGCCUCAGGGUGGAGAAGGAGCAGGCGCUCUCUGAAGAGACUCAGGCAACACUAGCUGCUCUUGAUGCCAUGAGGAAGGCACAUGAGCACGAGGUCAAGAAGGAGAUUACCAAGUUCAAGCAGGAAUUUAUCAAGCAGAUGCAGGCUAGAGAGGAUAUCGGAUUACUUCAUAGAGAACAUGAGGAAGAAAUGGAGGAAAUAAAGCAAGAGAUUCUCUCUCUCUCGGCGAAAUACUCGUCGAAGUGCGUGGAGUCAGCGGCUCUGGAGGAAAAAGUGGGUUCUCUGACAAAACAAGUGGCUCAAGCUAAGCAACACAUAAUCCAGCUUGAUGCGAGGAAUAAACAGCUGCGAGCUCAUCUCGUGCUGGAGGCGAAUGAGGGUGGAAUUGCUGAGCAGAGGGAGGAGAUUCACAGACUUCAACACCAGUUGAAGCAUGGGGAAGCGCUCACAGUCAUAUCGAAAUCCACAUAUUCACCCUAUCAUAGUAGUCCGGAGACUGCUUGUAAAAGAGAUAAAUGCACUGAAGCCAUCGCACAACAGACCAUAAGAAUCAGCAAUGCACAAUUAUUGAAAAAUACUGGGGAACAGUCGACAAGUGCACAGUAUCGAUGGGAUAGCAUUAAACCGAGGACCAGUCAUCAACAUCGAUAUCAAGAGCUGAUGAGAUCGCCAUCCGUGCGAUGGUCUGGCCGAAUUUGCAGAAGUCUUCCGCCAACUCCGAUCCUGGGAUAUCAGAACUCAAUUUAUCCUUCGUUGAGCUCAGUGGGAAUGGUUGCGGAGAGAAAAAAAAGAUUUGAAGUGUGAAAGUAAUCAGUGAAUUUCAAGAUUCAUUCGUUAAAAUUAGGAGAGUGUUUAUCAAAAAGGCGCUAAUGGUAGAGUUAUCGGAAUUUUUGGACGGAUUUUUUUUUUCAUUCAUUGGGUUCAAUCACUAAUUUGGAAGAAACGGGAGUCAAGGGAUUUUUCUUCUCUCGACUGACGUUAAAUAUACAUCUAUGUAUAUGAAACAUGUAUACCAGGUAUUGUACCAUCCAAAUCUAUCUGUCACUUUUUUAUUGAACGUAUUUAUGUGGUAAAUAUGAUUCAAUGAUUAUUUGUUGACAUAUAUUAUUAACAAAUCAAUGUUAUUAAUGAUGCACACCAUUUAUUGGAGAAAAUUUGUUGGUGAAUGCGCGUUCACGGGCAUUUUUUUUUACACAUAUUAUUCAGUAAAAUUGACAAAUAAUUUUUAGUUAUGAGAAAAGUUAUAAAAUUAUC